AUGAAGGUCUGCGACGCAGUUGCGGCCGUUGCGAGCCUCGCGCAGCUUGCUGCUGGCCUACCUCAAGUGCACGCGCCUAAAGUUGUGAGCCGUGCAAGUUCCGGCUGUGGCAAAACUCAGUGGCCGACGGACUUCACGCAUUAUCGCUUUGGAUUGCAGAGCAACGGAAAGGAUCGAAGCUAUUCAUACCACAUACCCGCGAACUACGACAAGAAUAAGCCCUACCCAGUCGUUGUCGGAUUCCAUGGCUCCAGCAGCGUUGGCCUUUUUCUCGAGCUUGAUACCAAGUUGAGCCAGUCGCGAUACAGCGCAGAUAAAAUCGUUGUUUAUCCCAAUGGCCUUGACGGCAGCUGGGCCGGGCCGACAUAUCACACAGCCUCAACCGUGCAAGAAGACAUCCAGUUCGUCACAGAUAUCAUCACAGACAUCAAAUCGAACGUUUGCGUUGAUGAAGAGAAGAUCUUUGCAACCGGCAUGUCUAAUGGCGGCGGCUUUAUUGGGACACUGGCUUGCGAUCCACUCGGCAGCACUCUGUUCAAGGCUUUUGCUUCUCAUUCCGGAGCCUUCUACACAGAUAUCAAUGGCCCUGACAAUAAUUGCAAUCCGAACCCUAGUGCCCUCCCCAUUCCGAUCCUGGAGAUUCACGGAGGCAACGACAGCACUGUGCGCUACGCAGGCGGUCAGGGUGACGGCGGCCCUGAGCCGGCGAUAUCAGACUGGCUGGACUGGUGGGCGGAGCGAAAUGGAUGCGAAAGCAACACAGAAGAAAUCCUUUUUAAUGGAGAGGUGCAGCAUCUAUCCUGGAAGUGCGGGAACCUAGAGGCCGGAUUGCAACAUUACAAGGUAUCAAGCUUGGGGCAUUGCUGGGCUGACACCGAGAUCAACCUCUCACAGAUAUCGGUACCUCAAGGACCAACGGUGAUAAAAGCUAGUGAGAUCAUCAUGAAGUUCUUUGAUGAGGCUGUGAAGAGCUAG